UGCCAGUACCAGUGCAUAGGUGUUGGUUGUAGGUCUCGGAGGGUCCGGCCAUUUCUAAUUGUGUCGGCUGAAUCAGAAACGGCAUUUGGUCAGCCUUGGUUGAUAAACAUUUUCAUCCUUCUGUGAAAAUCCAUCUCGCUCUAAAUGUGCUGACCGUUCAACUGAUGCUAUUCUGUCAUUUACGCUAUAACUAUUAAACGCAUGUUUUCGGUUCCGUGAAUAUUGGAAAGAAGUAUAUACAUAGAAACCGUGACUGAUCAGUCCACAUCUUCGUCAUGGUGACUACGAUGGGCGACUGUUGGUCAUCUCGGACACUGGCUGCAGUGAUGACCCUGGUUUGUCUGGCGACAGUGGACGCUGGGUGUCCACACACGGACCCCGGUCUGAAGAGAUGGAGCGAUGCCAGCACGUGGGGAGGGACCAAGCCAGAGGGAGGCAAACAGGUUAUCUUGACCUCUAGCAUGCGCGUGCUACUGGACGAGUCCACUCCGUCCCUGGGGUCGAUCACGGUGGAGUCUGGGGCCAGGAUAGUUUGGGACGACAAGGCAGACAUCACACUCACCGUCAGCUACGUCCUGGUUAGGGGGGAGUUCCACGUCGGCAGCGACGACUGCAGAUUCACCAAGAAAGCCAACAUCGUCCUCACAGGCCUCAGCAACUCAACACUGAACGUUCCUGGUUUCGGCCGGAAGUUCAUCGGUGUGGCGGCAGGUGGCGUUCUGGAGCUUCAUGGCAGGGAGAAGACGUCAUGGACGAAGCUGGCGACCUCCAUCCCUGCUGCAGAUCAGACGUGUGGAGUUGUCUACAAUCACAAGAAAACGCCAUAUUACCGGGAGCGGGGAAUGGGACUCCACGUGGUGGUGUGGAACCUGAACGGGAGUCUGUAUGACUUCGGCGCCUUCUACACGGGGGAGAAUUGGCACUCCACCGCCGAUAAAAACCUUGUGAAGUUCCUGAAAAUUAUUCCUAAGAAUAAAGUGGUCGCCCUGGGUGUAAUGCGGAGGUUGGGGAUUAAAUCAAAACGUCGCAGAAACUGGAAGUCCGUGUUCUCCGCCAUUGAGACGUUGGGUGGAUUGACAACGUCGCGCAUCAGGAAGGUCAAGGAUUUCGAGUCGUAUGCUUUUAUAACCAUUACAGGAAACCCGAAAGUCACCAUGGAGCAGCACGUGGCUAGGGAGAAAGAUGGCACCUACACACAAACUGAUGACGUCCACGUUGUUCUUUGGGAGACGCAUCUCAAAUUUGCUGUCGAAAGUGCUAUCAGUACAAGAAACAGAAGGCGUCCAAAUGGUGUCAAUUUCCGGGUUACAUCCACAGAAAUCUCCUAUCCUAAAAUUGAUGUAAUCAAUGACGUAUCAUCAUGGCAAACAGGUGAUCGUGUUGUGUUUACGUCUACGGACUUUCACUGGAAACAGGCGGAGGAGUUUGAAGUGUUUGCUUGUGACGACUGCGCCAGCAACCAGUUCCGGGUCAAAGGCGAAUUCAAGUUUCCGCACUACGGCAAGGUGUAUGACGGAGUGGACAUGAGAGGUGAGGUGGCACUGCUGUCACGUGACUUCGUCAUCGAAGGUGAGAUGGAGACCGGAUGUUACGUCACAGAAACAAACAGGAAAAAAGAAAAAUGGCUAUGUUCUCUCUUCAACUUCGAUCACUUUGGUGGACAUCUUAAGGUAACAAAGGGUUUCGCCUCAGCUCACAUCCAAGGCAUUGAGUUCUACCACAUGGGACAGCAGGAGUUCACAGGUUCCUACCCCAUACACUUUCACAUGUGCGACGACGUCAACGGCACCUGGGUCCGCAGCAACUCCAUCCACCACAGCCUGGCCAGAUGUGUCACCAUCCAUGGAACUGACGGACUUGAGGUGAGCGACAACGCCUGUUACGACCAUCUUGGCCACGGCUACUUCCUAGAGGACAGUGUGGAGCAAUACAAUAUUCUGGACGGGAAUAUCGGAAUCGGAACGAAACACGGCACACACAUAAUGACGGACAUGAAAAACCGCUGGUGCAACAAAACCCUAGCCUGGAACUGCAAUUCCCUGGCCACCUUCUGGAUCACCCACUUCAACAACUACAUCAGGAACAACGUGGCCGCCGGCUCGGACAACGCUGGAUUCUGGCUCAACUACGCCGACAGCCCCCUCGGACCAUCAGCUGCCCGUCAAGCUGAGAAACUGGCCAACAACCAACCAGCUGUCACGAAGUUCAGCACCAGACACACACCCAUCCUGGAGUUCAAUAACAACGUGGCUCACUCCAAUCACGAGAGAGGUCUGAUGUUCGAGAACAGAAUCUCAAACGGUCACUGGGAAGGUAAAAGGUUCAUCCCAGAGAAUGCACGAUUCGGUUCCAUCAAGUACGACCCGAGGCGGCCAAGUAAUUCUAAAGGAAAGCCAGUCACAACCACAAUUAACAGACUUACCGUGUACAAGAACAGAGUAGAGAACGUCUGGUUGAGAGCUGCAAACACCAUCCUGGUCAACUGCAGCAUUGCCGAUUCUCAGCGUGGCCUCAGUAUGCCCAUGUCAAGAGGAAAUCGCUUCAACGAAGUGAAGAACUCAGUAUUUAUUGGAAUGUCUGACAACAAGGGAGUAGGGAAGACCUACCGUCAGCGGAAUGUCCCGGGACGGGUGAAACCAGUUCACAAGUUUGACAGAUCAUUAAGUUCGAGGCCAACUGAUCCCCUGCAAGGCUUCGUCUUCUACAGAGGCCCAAGCUACGUCACCGACUGCUACUUCAACGACUUCUACAACUGGCACUGGAACUCCACGUGGGACAGCGUCUUCAAAGUCCCUGGGUAUCGAACUGGUGGAGCUCUUGGCUUCAGGAGAACCAACAUGCCCGUCUUCAAUCCGAGAAGCACUGUGUCCGGUCUUAAGUUUGGAUUCUGUGACAAGACUGAAGGCAACAGAGUCUUCGACGGCAACAAGACCACACCAGGAUUUGGAAGAGACGGUGAGGGGAAACAACUAACAUCGAUUCACGACGUUGACGGUAGCGUGACGGGCAUGAUCAACUCGCAGGUCGUCAAGAACAACCCGUUCUUUACCACACCCAAGUGUUCUGUGAGGGACAACUGGGGCAUGGCCGUAUGUCCUUACAAAUACGUGAAGAUUUUCGUGAUCGCCCGCCUCAAGGUCCCCCGCGACCAUAAACCUUUGUACUUCGUCCGAGAUGACGCCCACGCGCACACAUUCUCCUUGGCAUUAAACCAGGGCCGAGGAUAUCACUUCAUCGUAAACAAGACCUACACCGUCCAUUUCAAAACCAAGGUCCCAAGGGUGUUCAAGAUGCACGCAUUAAACAUGGAGAGAGGUGAUUCUGUUCGUGUCGGCGUAUGCGUGCCUAAAGACAUGACGAAAUUUGCACUAACCAGCUCGUACCCCAGGUACAACAGACGUAGGCGACCGGUAAAGGUCGCCACUAUAAAGGAACUGGAUGCCGACACAUCCGGUAUGGCCUACUUCUGGGACAAAAAAAUUGGCAUGAUCUUCGUGAAGCUGAUGUCAAACGAGACACGAGCUGACAGACAGAUGCUAUGUCCCAAUGGAAAGUGUCCAAACUUCCGUAUAGUCAGGCGAAACGGACGCAACACUGCAGACUGUCGGAAAACAGCAUACGGCCCUUACGUCAAACAACCAGAGGUAGCUGGUGAAGACUUUGAGCUGCCCGCUUGUGCUAAAGCUUCGUCCCAGGGUUUGGGCGCAGGAGAGACCCGACCUGCCACAGUUGCUCUUAGUACUGCCAGGGGAGAGGAUCACUGCCCACCUCUUUCACAGCCAGCGCCUGCACCGCUACCCAGCCAGUCCCGGGGCUGCGCUGUUGACACACGGCGGCGGGACAUGGGUGACAUGACAAUAGGGCUCCACAGAUCCAUGACCAGGGGGUUCUGUGUCCAGAGAUGCGGUCAGAACGGUUACAGAUAUGCUGGCCUACAAAACAGCAAUGAGUGUUGGUGUAGUGACAGUUUUGGCCUCUACGGUUCUGGUGAGGGUUGUACCAAGGAGUGUAGCGCGAAAACAGGACGUUUCUGUGGGGGAGGCUGGAGGAAUGAGGUGUUUACCACCAGUGCAGAUGACAAUACAGCUCUGACGAGUUGUGGCCCGGGGUCACGUGGUAUGGUAUGGGGAGGGAAGUGUUACUAUUUUGGAGACGAACGACUGAACUUCAUCAAUGCUCAACGCGCUUGCGUCAGGAUGAACGGUGACCUGGCAACGAUCUCCUCAGCAGCUGAACAGACUCUGUUCAGAGGUUAUCUGGGUCAGAGUGAAUCUGACAUCUGGAUUGGCCUGACGGAUGUUGCUAAAGAAGGAGAAUUUGUCUUCAUGGAUGGCACACCGGCUACAUACAUCAACGGGGACCUCAAACACGACGCAGUUAGACACUACGACGACUUCGUUACGAUGGUUGUGAGACAUGGCUACCGAUGGGAUGACCGUUCUUGGCGAGAUGCAUACCGCUACCUGUGUCAGCUCCCUCUCAAGCAAACCACAUCAUUUGAGAGCUGCGGACCUAACGGUGCCGGACACAGACUGGGCAGUAACGGCAAGUGCUACCUCAUCCUCAACACCAAAACUAACUACGACACAGCAGAGUACCAAUGUUUAACUCGACAGGGAGUGCUUCCGACCGUCACAGAUGACGUCACACAGCGUGAGAUUCGCAACCUGCUGCUGAUGUUUGGCGACGACAUUAGCUACUGGACCGGCGAGGCUGUCAAGGUCGACGGCGAUAAAAGACGGGACACUUUCUAUGUGCUGACACUCACCUCCUUGUUCAACAAGAAACACGCCUCUGGCAAAACGAGGAAAGGCACCCUUUGUCUUCUUGAAUCUUCUAAAUCUACCAGCGAAUGUCCCUCAGCUUGGAAGAAACACGCAGGCUCCUGCUACCUGUACACCGGCAAGACCGCGUCCCACUACGACACCGUGGCCGCUCUGUGUAACCAGGGCGACAGCAACAUGGUGACUGUCCACAGCAAGACUGAAAACGACUUCGUCUACAACAUGGUGAAGGACUUCCACAAGGGAGAGGAGAAGGACGUCCUCAUAGGUUACCGGUACCGCAGUGUGUUCGACAAGUUCACCUGGCUGGACGGAUCGGACCCCGUCUACGAGAACUGGAGCGACGGACAUGGCAUGUCUGGACUGACCGGUGGCUACUGUACGAAGAUAUGUUACCAUGACAACAAGAUCACGUGGCGAAAUACAGCUUGUACUGGUUCAAAGUAUGCGGCCGUGUGCAAGAUGACAUUACGUCCCACCCCGACUUGAGAAAAAAGAGGGGCAAUACGUUCCAACGUCCACAUCAAACUGUAUAUAGAUGUAGUAUGUUUGUCUUGAUUCAACAAUUGGGAGUGGUCAGAUAUUUCACUGGAAAUAAAACUUUAAAAAAUCA